CUAGUGGAGUUCAUGGCGCGCCCUUGCAAUGAGUGCAACAAGUUCAAUGUACUGUGCAAAUGCCCUGAGGCUUGCCAUUCAGUCUUCACAAUCACCAUGGUUGAAGGGUGUGGCAAUUUUGCGGUUGUUCCCCAGUUCUUCAAGGAUCGCCUGAACGAUUUUGCGGAGAACUUCUUUGUUGUUGUGGACUGCCAUGGGUUCGAGUACGACUUCCACAUCCAAAUUGGGACUGACGCCACCUUGCUAUGUGGUGCUUAUUGGAAACUGUUUGCAAAGACCCACAAAUUGAAACCUGGUGCUAGUGUGCACUUCUCUGCCGUGGAGGAUGGGGAUGCUUUCAGUGCUGUGUUAGUGGGGCAACCAAAUGAUGUUGUGCUGCAUGCUACCCUUUUUGGACUACGUGAGGUCAGUGCUGAUGUGCGCAAUCUCUUCCACUCCACUGUAUUCAAGAACAUGGCCGACCUAACCGAUCGUGAAGUACGAAGGGUUCUGAAAAUAUUAGAUGGAUUGGAUGCACCCGAGUUUUUCGAACGCGAGAUCAUCGUUCAGAAGAUGACUGAUCUUGAUUUGGCUUCCCGAGUACUUGUUAUCCCAUGCAAGAGCAAGAAUGUGCCGAGGAUUCCCACUUCUUGGUAUGGCAAUUUCAGUUCUGAAAGGCUAAGCAACAAAUUCAUGGCACUGGCGUACUCAACGACCAACGCAUGCGACACUGUGAUCCACCAGGGGUGGGAGGAUUUAUGCAUUUGCCACGGGAUCAGGAGCGGCAGCGUCCUUAUGUUUGAGGUGGGCAAUGCAGCAAAAUUGUUUGUUCAAGUUUACAUUGUCAAUCUCUGA